AUGGUUCUCGUUCACAUUGUUCUGUUCAAGUUCCGCGCGGAUGUCGGAGACGGAGUGAAGCAGGAGUUCCUUUCGCAAAUCAAGACACUGAAGUCCCUGCCUUGCGUUAAAAGCCAAAGGCUUAUUGUUGGAGGCCCCUCAAUUACAACCCCCGUUGAAAAGAGCAAAGGAUUUCAAUAUGCUCUAGUGAGCUACCACGAGAACCGAGCAGCAUUGGCUGAGUAUCAAGCUAGCAGUGAGCAUGAAAGGGUCACAAGCACAUAUUUCAUUCCCUAUAAGGAGGAUUUGGUGCGGUUUGACUUUGAGACUGAUCAAGCUGACGAGACGCUGCUUGGGUUUUAA